AUGCGAGCCUUGCCACGCUGCGAGGGGUGCAUUUUCGACGGGCGGCUUGCAGCGCCGAGCACGAAGGAGGCAGCGAGCGUGAGACUGGACGGCAGCAUCAAGUGCAGCGAAGCGUGGAGAAGGGAGAGGCGCUGGACAGAUGGCCACUAUGCGAGGGCUCCAACUGACAUCCGAGAACAGUCGCGGGAAAAUGAUGUUCUCGUUGCCAUGGCCGCUUUGGAGUCGGUGCGGGGCUUGUCUGAGAAUCUGGGGCUCCUUGCAGAGCGCGACGUGGCGCUGGCGGAGUCGCUGGCGGCGGAAGGCCAGCAGGAGAUCUUCGCGGCCUGGGACGCGCCCGGCACCGGGGAUGCGGAGAAGCUGGACUUCUUCAAGCAGAUCCGUACCCUAGAUGGCAACUAUCCAGGAGGCUUGGGCUGCUAUCUCCGCAAUGCCCGCGGCCUGCUUCAGGCCUCGGCGGAAGGUGCCAACCCCCUGGCCGGGUGGACGCCCUCGGUGCCGCGGGACACCUUCCGGCCGGAGGUGGGCUCUGAGGAGUUCAUGGCCUACGAAGAGCUCGGCGCGUCCGAGGUGGGUGCCUGCUGCUUUGUGAUCCCGGCGGGUGGCCUUGGGGAGCGUCUGGGCUUCCACGGCGUGAAGCUGGCGCUGCCAGCAGAGCUGGUGACGCCUUCCAAGGUGCUGGAGGUUUACUGCGCCUAUCUGAGGGCCUUUCAGGACUUGGCGGAGAAAAAAAGCUCGUCUCGGAGUCGGCUGCCCUUGGUGAUCAUGGCAAGCUCGGACACCGAAGCUGGUAUACGAUCCUUGCUGGAAAGCAACAACUAUUUCGGGCUGGAGCCUGAGCAAGUGACCAUCCUGCUGCAGGAAAAGGUUGCGGCGCUGGCGCGCAGCGAUGCUCUUCUCAGCAUGGAGGGCAGAUACAAGGUUGGAACCAAACCUCACGGGCAUGGAGAUAUCCAUUUCCUUCUUCACUCCAAAGGCAUGGCAAAACGCUGGCUGGAGGAAGGGAGGAGAUGGGUCCUGUUCUUUCAAGACACCAACACUCUGUAUCUCACAACCUUCCUCUGCUCUCUGGGGGUGUCGGCCAAGCACGGGCUGCGCGCCAAUGUUGUGGCGAUGCCCCGAAAGGCGAAAGAGGCCGUGGGCUCUAUCGCUCGCUUGACGCACUCUGACGGCAAAUGCAUCGUGGCCAACGUGGAGUACAAUCAGCUGGAGCCCCUUUUGAAGGCUACAGGAGGUGAUGGAGACGUGAAUGGCCCUGAUGGAUUCUCCCCCUACCCCGGCAACACGAACGAGCUGAUCUUCAGCCUGCCCCAGUACGUCUCGGUGCUCGAAGAAACGGGCGGACAAAUGCCCGAGUUCAUCAAUCCCAAGUACACCGACGCGAGCCGGAGCACCUUCAAAAGCCCCACGCGCCUGGAAUGCAUGAUGCAAGACUUCUUGAAGCUGCUGCCGGCCGAAGAGGUGGGUGUCACCUGCUAUCCCCUGGAGUUCGGCUACUUUCCUUGCAAGAACGACAUCGCAACGGCUGCCCGGCUGGCUGCGGAGGGGACCCCACCGCAUGGCGCAGCCUCUGCAGAGGCGGCGGUGUACCACGCCUACGCGGAGCUGCUGCGCCGCGUGGGGCGGACGAGUCACGUGGCCGCGCCGACGGCGCGGCACUGGUGCGGGGGGCCGCAGCUGCUGGGCCCGGCGGUGGUGCUUUGGCCCAGCUUCGCCCCCAGCUGCGCCGAGCUGCGGAGGCGGCUCGGAGAGGUAGUGCUGGAAGAGGGCAGCACUUUGGAGGUCCGUGGCGACGUGCACCUGGGCCGCCUGACGCUAGCUGGGGCUCUGCGGGUGGUAGCAGGCGAGGGGGCGACGCUCCAUGUGCCGCAGCUGGAGGUCCGCAACCGGGGCGGCGAGUUCGUGGCCUUGACGGAGGCGGAGCAGGCGGGCGAGGCGCCGGAGGAGCUCCGAAUCCGCGGCUACAGGUAUGUGCUGCACGAGGUGGAGGAGAUCAAGGUGUCGGAGCCGGGGAUCUACACAUAUGCGGAUGGCACCCUCACGAGGAGCUGA